AUGUCUCCUGGCUGGAGUGCUAAAGAUCUUUCUCUACUGGCAGUGGAAGUCUCUAGAAUGCACAGAAUUAGUCACGAUGAGAUAAUGUCUAUGAACCUCAAAAGUGGAACGAAAAUAUCCUAUGUCCGAAAAAAUGGGUCUGAGUCCAUGCUCGACUAUCUAUGGAAAUACAAUGACGAGGAAUCCAAGACCAGAUUUAAGCUCUGCCUGAUGGAAACACAGUUUAAAAACUGCACUGAUGGUGCUGUAGAUAACCUAUUACUACUCCUUCCUACCGCAUCCAAGGAAAGCCAGGCUACAAUAUUCAUAAUGUUCUACAAACUUGCCACAAAGUACAAGGUGCAUGAUGAAAAGGUGCUUUGCGAAUGUAGGGCAUAUAUACACAUAACCUUCUUGAGGCAGCCCAUUCUGAAGACACUGAUAGCAUACUCCCUUUCCAGGGCAGACCUUGUUUUUAAGAUAUUUACCUAUGAAGAAGUCAUAGAAAUGAGCCUUUUCGAUCCCAAGGGCUUAAGUCCAGAGGAUCCAAGGUCCAUAAGGCUUGUGAAAAGGAUCUUUUCCAAUAUGGACAAGGCUUCUUUUAAGUAUUCAAAAAGAAUACUUAGGGAUAUGGACGAAAGGCUUUUUUUGUAUCUGCCAGACAGACUCAGUAGCACAGGAUACUCACACCUUCGAGAACUAAUUAGAGAACUUUCUCCUGACAAGAUUCAGACGAUUAGCAAGAUGACUACAGAUGAUUCUGUAAUAAGGCUAUUUCUGCCGUUAAAAAUGGACGAUGUGCGCAAGUUCUUUACUUACAAAGACAUAGAUGUAAGAAUCGAGUCGGUUAGACAUAUCAAUAACGUUGAGCUGAUGGAGAAAUUUCUAGAGGUUAACCAAUUUAUCUACGGUAGAAGCAUGCUUAAGUUACUAUGCAGAUACUUUCGGUCAUGGCUUAAAAAAGGAACCAAUGAGAAGCAUAGGCUUAGCACGAUGCAUUCGGAGGUUGUAGCUCCUAUGGUCAGAAGCAGAAACACAUCUAGGAGGUUGCUUGGGGUGUACCUUAUGGAUUCAUUUAUAUCAGAGGGUAUUAUUGAGGCACCUGGAUGCGCCCAAUUACUAUUUGACUCUGAUUAUGAGAUAAGGAAGGUUGGCUGCAAAUACAGUGGUAUAUCCCUAAGCUUCAAGGAAAUGAGUACGAAGAUAGAGAGCUAUCAAUCAUACGAUGUGGAUGGGUGUGUAGAAUACAUCAAGAGCUACCAGCCAAAGGGGGUUGUUAGUACUCUGAAGAAGGUCUUUGACAGCAAAAUGGCAGACAUUAUAGGUGGGAAAAAAGGUAUGGAAGAGGUUUCAAUCCACGGGUUUCUAAAUCUGUUUUCAGGAAUGAGAUAUGAUAUUGGGGCCUGUGUAGAUGUCAUUUACAAAUGUUGCUUCGAGAAGCUUUCAAAUGAUAUCUAUGGAAAAGAGUACGAGAGGUUGAGGAUUUAUUGUAAAAACAUGAAUGAGUGUUGUAAAUAUUAUUACUCAAUGGCAUUGGACAGUAGCAAGAGCUCUCUUUGGAGGCUGGUGGAAGUACUUUUACACAUAAACCACCUAGGUGUCAUACUUCAGGUGUCUCAAUAUUUGAAUGCAGCACUUAAGAGCGGAGUCCUUGGGAGGCAUGAUCUACUAGAGAUAAUAGACAUGUCAUUUAAUAGAGUUAAGGAUUGCAAGGUUUCUUUCAGGAGAAGUGGAGGAAUACCCCUACUCUUUGCGGCCAUUCUUAAAAGCUGUCCAUUCGUUAUUGAUAACAUCCUAGAGAAGUUAUUUGAGUUAAUUAAUAGGGGCGACAAUGCCACCCAACUUCAUUGUCUAAACAUUCUAAGUAGGAUUAUUGAUGAUGGAUGCCUAAGCUCAAAGAUACCCUUUAAGAUGACUGAGUUGUUCAAGUUAGCCUUCAGAUGUAGUCGAUCCCAUCCUUGGGCCAUAAGAAAUGCAGGAAUAGAGAUAUUCUCCCAUCUAGUUAGAAAAGUAUUUGUAAAAGAUUCAGAAUGUAUUGCUUCCAUGGCCUACAAGGAACUUAGGGGCCUGCUUUACAAGGAGCUUAGUUCCUGCUAUAGCGAGGAAAACAAUGUCCUAGCAUUUCUUAUCCUUCAUCUGUAUGGAAGGAUAAAGAAGCUAGACAAAGAAGAAGUGAAGCUGGUUCGAAGAUUUUCAAGCAAAAGUGGAGUAAUAGGAUCAAAAUCCAAAAACAUCUGCGAGGGAAAAGAAUGGACAAAGCCCGGGCAGCCAGAAGGCCAGAUGGCAUUUGAUCACAAAUUAAGUGAAGGAGAGAUACUUCUCAGAUUAUUAAUACUUUUGGACUCGGAGCAUGCAGGGGAAAGAAGAAUGGCAGAACGUUAUAUGAAAGACACUUACAAGCUAUCUCUGCAUUCUGAGGAGUACUUCAAGCACCGAAUAGCUGAAAGGAUUUGCAGCAUUGGAUACAGAGACAUUGCAAUUCAGGGACUCAGGAAAUAUAACCUAAGUGUCGAGAAAUCCCUAAGUUGCUUCUUUAGAGAUUCUCCUUCGAAUGAGAGGUUUGAUUUUGAAUACAAUAUGUCUCUCAUGCAGAAGUACAAGAACUAA